UAAAUAUAAAGUAUUCAUAACAUGAUGGAAGUAGAAGAGCGGGUCAUUAUUCGGACCCGUCUGAAAUAGUCCUUGGACAUGGUUGACAGGUGUGCGUAACGACGCGUGCCUCUAGUGGCACCGCGGAAGGAGGGUCCUCAGACGCACGCGGGCGCGCGGCUUUCUGCUGUGUCUUUCCACUCAGCUCCAACUAGGUUUCCUUUUCUUUUUACAACGAACACCGCGUGACAAAGAGCUCUUUUGUACUGAUUUGGACGCCCUUCAGCCGGCAGCCUCGUGCCGUCGCUGCGCACAACCGGAGAGGAGCACCGCGCAGCGGCUUCCCCGCCUUCUCAACGCGCACCAUCCGCCACGGGAAGACUGGAGUGAUUGAAGAACUUUCAUAUUCCUCAGCACUCAUCGUGAGACGCUUUUCUUUUCUCCGUUUGUUGCUUUCGGAUGACAGAAUCGUUCGAGGCGACCCAAAGUUCCGCAGGCGCAGUCCUCCUCCUCCUCCUCCCCCUCCUCAUCUUCCUCCUCCUCCUCCUCCUCCACGGCGCGUUGCGGGAGUCCGGCUCGGCUGUUGCCGUGGUACUCGCCAGCAGACAGACAGCAUCCGGCGGUCGGAGGGGACACAGAGACUCGCACGGGGGAGACUGUAGCCGAUCCGCCUUUGAGGGGCUGCGGGCUUCAUCCGAAUCCACCGGCCGUCAGAAAAAAACACACAAACCUGAAGAAUGUUGCGCCAAGUACAAUGAGCGCCAAUUCAUCGGAGACGCCACAAACCCGCCGCACGCCGCGUCGAAUCCAGCUUUGAUGAGCGAUUCUGAGGCGUCUUUGGAAUUUUUAAAAAAGUGGAUCUCACGACUUUUACAACCAUGAGAAACACUUGUCCGUCUCCCCGGAGCGCGGUUUGGGAAUACUGGACCUUGCUGAUCGCGUGUCUCUUUCGGAUUCACUACUCCGACGCGAUGCCUCAUGUCAUUCGUAUCGGUGGGAUUUUUGAACAAACCGACGGACCCGUUUCGCUCGUUAGCGCGGAAGAGCUCGCCUUUAAAUUCGCCGUCAACAACAUUAACAGAAACAGGACUCUGUUGCCGAACACGACGCUAACGUACGACAUACAGAGGAUCAACAUCUACGACAGUUUCGAGGCAUCGAGGAAAGCGUGCGACCAGCUGUCUUUGGGUGUGGUCGCGAUAUUCGGGCCCUCGCACAGUUCGUCCUCCAACGCCGUGCAGUCCAUCUGCAACGCGCUGGAAGUGCCGCACGUGCAGGUGCGGUGGAAACAUCACCCCAUGGACAACCGAGACAGCUUUUAUGCCAAUUUGUACCCGGAUUACUCUUCGCUGAGCUACGCCAUCCUGGACCUGGUGCAGUAUCUCAAAUGGAAAACAGCCACAGUCGUAUACGACGACAGCACAGGUCUGAUAAGACUGCAGGAGCUGAUAAUGGCCCCGUCCAGGUACAACAUACGGCUAAAGAUCCGUCAGCUCCCUCUGGACACGCAGGACACCAGACCGCUGCUCAAAGAAAUGAAGAGGAGCCGCGAGUUUCGCAUCAUCUUCGACUGUAGUCACCAAAUGGCGGCACAGAUUCUCAAGCAGGCCCAGACGAUGGGGAUGAUGACGGAGUAUUACCACUACAUCUUCACCACUCUGGACCUGAUGGCCAUCGACCUGGAGCCGUAUCGCUUCUGUGGCGUCAACAUGACCGGCUUCCGCAUCCUCAACGUGGACAACCCCCAGGUGGCCUCCAUCGUGGAGAAAUGGUCCAUGGAGAGGCAGAUUCCACCGAAACCCGACUCGGGCCUGCUGGAGGGGGUCAUGACGACAGAUGCGGCUCUGACCUACGACGCGGUCCACAUCGUGUCCGUCUCCUACCAGCACGCCCCGCAGAUGACGGUCAACUCGCUGCAGUGCCACCGCCACAAACCCUGGAGAUUCGGAGGGCGCUUCAUGAGCUUCAUCAAAGAGUCCCACUGGGAUGGUUUGACGGGGAGGCUGUCGUUCAACAAGACGAGUGGCCUACGUACAGACUUCGACCUGGACAUCAUCAGUUUAAAGGAGGAGGGGCUUGAAAAGGUGGGGAAGUGGAGUGUGUCCGGAGGUCUUAACAUCACGGACGUGCCCAAGCGAAAGGGGAUGAACAUCACCGACUCCCUGGCUAACCGCUCCCUCGUCAUCACCACCAUCCUGGAGGAGCCAUACGUCAUGCUUAAGAAGUCUGACAAGGCGUUGGUUGGGAACGACCGGUUCGAAGGGUUCUGCGUCGACCUGCUCAGAGAGCUGGCCAACGUCCUGGGCUUCACGUACGAGAUCCGCCUGGUGCCCGACGGGAGAUACGGCUCCCAAGACGAGAAGGGCCAGUGGAACGGGAUGAUCAGGGAACUCAUAGAGCACAGAGCGGACUUGGCCGUGGCGCCUCUCACCAUAACCUACAUGCGUGAAAAAGUCAUUGACUUCUCCAAGCCUUUCAUGAACAUGGGCAUCAGCAUCCUGUACCGCAAACCCAACACCACCAACAACGGCUUCUUCUCCUUCCUGAACCCCAUGACGCCGGACAUCUGGGUCUACAUCCUCCUGGCCUACCUGGGCGUCAGCUGCGUCCUCUUUGUCAUUGCCAGGUUCAGCCCGUACGAAUGGUACGACGCCCAUCCCUGUAACCCCGGCUCCGAUGUGGUGGAGAACAACUUCACCCUCCUGAACAGCUUCUGGUUCGGCGUCGGCUCCUUGAUGCAGCAAGGCUCGGAGCUGAUGCCCAAAGCGCUGUCGACCCGGAUCAUCGGCGGGAUCUGGUGGUUCUUCACACUCAUCAUCAUUUCGUCCUACACGGCGAACCUCGCCGCCUUCCUCACCGUGGAGCGGAUGGACUCGCCCGUGGACUCGGCCGACGACAUCGCCAAACAGACCAAGAUCGAUUACGGUCUGGUCAAAGACGGCGCCACCAUGACUUUCUUCAAGAAAUCUAAGGUCUCUACUUUCGAAAAGAUGUGGGCCUUCAUGAGCAGCAAGCCGAGCACAUCGCUGGUGAAGUCCAUUGAGGACGGGAUCCAGAGGGUGCUGAAGUCCGACUACGCCCUCAUUAUGGAGUCCACAACUAUCGACUACAUCACCAAGAGGAACUGCAACCUGACGCAGCUGGGGGGGCUCAUCGACAGCAAAGGCUACGGCAUCGGCACGCCCAUCGGCUCCCCUUACAGGGACAAAAUCACCAUAGCGAUCCUGAGCAUCUUGGAGGAUGGGCGCCUGCACAUGCUGAAGGAGAAGUGGUGGAGUGGGAGCAGCUGCUUGGAUGAGGAGCGUCACGAGACGGGCCCCAUGGGGAUCCACAACCUGGGGGGUAUAUUCAUUGUGCUGGCAUCUGGUCUGGUGCUGUCGGUUUUUGUGGCGAUCGCUGAAUUCGUCUACAAGCUUAGGAAGACUGCGGAACGUGAGCAGGUCUUUGUGCAGUGCCAUGGUGGACGAGAUCAGACUGUCGUUCACCUGCGAGAGGCGGGUGAGACUCAAACCGCAGCCCCCGGUCAUCGUGAAGACGGAUGCGGUGAUCAACAUGCACGCCUACAACCACCGACGACUCCCGGGAAAGGACAACAUGAGCUGCAGCACUGGGAUGACUCCCGUGUUCCCGUGACAAUGUGCAGCCCCCAGGGCAAGAGCCUACUGUGCAACUUGUCGGGGGCCGUGCCAGAGACCAGAGACAAUGGCGUCGACGUGAUCACCAGAUUCACCAUCAACCACAGUGACAUGGGGACACUGACCAAACACGGGCAACUCAAAAUGGCAGCGUCGGCCACGCAGGUAUGACGGCGUCCGCCACCGUAUUCCAAACCGCCGUCAAGUCUGAUGUUUACGUGCGCGACCCCCCCCCCCCCCCCCCCCCCAAAACACGACAAAAUACACAUUGAAAAGACUGAGAAUUCUUUUUGCAAAUACGGACGGAAGCUGGACGGGCGGCUCGGUGGGAGCGGCAAUAAACGACGGACACCCAAGGGGGGACGAUAAGGCCACGCUCCAAAAUGACGAAAUCAAAUUCUCACCCUCAUGCUGUUCAUUUAAACAAUCGCCGUAAAGGAUUUUUUUUUGAAGUUAUUGAAUUUGAAUCAGUGAACAAAAUGGAUGCCAAAGAUCUGGCCGUUCAACAUAAUUAGGUAGAGUACAAUUCUGUCCAAUUCUUGCUCCCUCUGCUUUUUAGAAAGCACCAAUCUUGUGUUCAAUGCAAAUUAAAUUAGAGUUGUUUGAAGGGGACUAAUGAGGGAUUGCUCUCGGUUUUACCAACCACGCAGCGUAAUAUGUAUUCUAAGCUAAUUGUACACUGUAAUGUACGAGCAAACCACGUCACCUUAAAGUAUUGUUAACUAUCAUUUAAAACAAUCCUGAAAAGCAGAAGAGAAAAACAAAACCAUGGACCAAAUUCUAAAAGGAGAAUGACAGAGAUGUUGACUAUUUGGACAAAUUUCUAAACGUCCUGCUCAGCUCUGUUCUUAUGUGUACAUAUAUGUUUUUGCACAUGCAUAUGUACAGAUUGGGUUGGAAGGCAUUGCAUCAGGUAUUUCUGCUUAUGGUUAAUAAAGAAUUGUAAGUCACACAUAACGGGUAAGAGACUGUGACCUUCAAACUAAAAGGCAUUUUUUGUGCAUUUAACUGUGACAUCGAACUUUGAGCUGGACUUGUGUGGCUACGGGACCUUUGAAUGUCCAAAGUACUUCUGAACACAUACUUGAACAGUGAAUUUAUUUUCAGGUGUGAUCUAGUGACUUUUUGGCAGGAAACAGGUGUUUUGUAUAACGUGCGUUCAUGAAAACUUAGCAAUGGUUUUGGUUUGAAGGUCAUCUCUUCAAAGUCACAAGCUUUUCCUGUUUAAUUACCUGGUGUGGACUGGGGAAAUCGAUACGUGCAGUGUGUGAACAUGCUGAGAGAUAAUAUGCUGAAUAGACGGAAAGAAGGGUGAUGAUUUUGUGUGGUCGUGUUGACUUUAAUACCUAUCGAAUGAGUGUGUAUCUUCAGCAAAUGUCACGCCACAAGAAGAGAGUCUAUGAGCUGCUAUCACCUGGGAGCCAACGAACAGAGGACCUCUGUGAGGUUUUUGAAGUCAAUGAGACAAAAAAAAAAAAAAAAAAGAUGGAACCACGAUUUAAGAAGACUCCAAUCUGUAGAAUUUAGCAUUGGUUUGGUAGAGAUUCACUGUAGAGCUGUCGAUGGAUUCUCUCCUACAAAGUAUAGUAUGUAGAUAAGAUCAGCAGGAGAAGAUGUAUUUUGCUAAAUUUAUACUAUUAUAAAUUCAUUCUGUUCACAGUCAGAAACGUUAUAGAUGCUAUUUAUUUCAUUAGAGAGGUCUCCUUAACCCAUUUCCUCACUUUACCCCAGUUCCACCGUCCCAGACCGUUUAUUUAUUUAAUAGAAAUGCAUUAUACUGUGGUGUAUCCGAUUACUACCAUCCAGAUGGGAAACUGUAUGUAAAUCUACUUUUAUGAUGGCUGAUAUAUUUAAUUGAAGUGAAAUGGACAUAGAACGUCCCUACUCAUUUCGGGACUUUCUUGGAAUCGGGAAAAUAGGGUUUAUCUCGUGUAACUGGACCUUUAACAGAAGCAGAUCUAAAGUGCGUGCGUGGUUCUACGACAUUGCUGUUUCUCUCAUGUGUACUGUAGCUUCCCAUGCAGGUGAUUGACAGCCUCGUAUUUCACCUUUUGUAAAAUGUGAAAAUAACUGAAGACAUCAUAAUCCAAAUGAAUUGGAAUUAGGACGAGGUUUUCUGCUUUGGCUGAUCAGUCAGUUUGGUUGCUAAAUAUAUACAUCUUUUUUUACAAGUUAAUGUGAAUAAUAAUGUUAUUUUACACAGAAUCGUAUGAAACUGGGGAGAAAAGUAAUGCAUAAUGUGAGCUGCAUAACCUGUGUUCCAUUAGUGUGUGAUAUGAGUCUCUAUUUUCCACCAGUCACAACGGUUUGCCUUUUUAUGUACCUUUCUUUUGAGUUGCACAGCUUCCAUCAUUUGGCGGAAAACCUCACAAACAAUACAAUAAAUAUGUUGGUGCCAACCAGGGUUUUUCUUUGUGGACAUGCAGAAUUUCUAUGAAUAUAGUUUUUGUAAGGUUUUGUAAAAAAGAAAAGGGAAAAAAGAGGAUUUUGUUUUCCUAGUAACUGUCUGUGUUAAGAGUGCAUUAGAAUAACUGACAUCUCAUUGGGAAAUUCAACAAAGUAUCAUACAAAAGCUAAUGAAAUAUUUUCUUUUUAACGCAUUGUGAAUAAUUCAAUUGUACAGUUUGCUGUAUGAGUUAUAUGAAGUUUUAAAUAAAAAUAUAUAAACUAUA